AUGGAAGGACAUUCCAACAAUCAAAGUAAUAAAGACCAAGAAGUUACAAUUGAUGGUGCAGCAAAAAUAAAGCAGAUUCAUUCCAACAUUCCUGAUGAAGAGAUACCAAAGGUUAGUAUGGAAUUUGAAACUGAAGAACAAGCUUACAAUUUUUAUAAUGUUUAUGCUUAUAAAGUUGGAUUUAGCAUACGAAGAAGCAAAGGGCAUAAGGAUAAUAAAGAUGGAAAAGUAAAAGACAGAACUUUUUGUUGCUCAUGUGAAGGCUUUCGCAAAAAAGAUAAACGAUAUGAUAAUGUGAAAUGUCAUCGUGCUGAAACAAGGUUUGGUUGUUUGGCGAGGAUGAAGAUAAAACUUCAUCAAUUUGGAAAUUAUCAAGUUGUUGAAUUCUAUGCGGACCAUACACAUAUGACUUCAAGCCCUAGUAAGAGCCACUUACAUAGGUCACAAAGAAGAAUAACCCCUGCUCAAGCAUCUGAAAUUGAAUUGGCUGAGAAUUCAGGAAUUGCUCCUAAAGCUAGUAUGGAACUAAUGAUUAGGCGAGCUGGUGGACAUGAAAAUCUUGGAUUUAUUUUGGAUGAUUGUCGGAAUUAUAUACGCACCAAAAGAACAAUUCAAAUGCGUACAGGAGAUACAGGUGGUGUUCUUGAAUAUCUUCAACAGAUAAAGUCAAAAGAUCCAAAAUUUUUUUAUGCUUUGCAAGUGGACAAAGAUGAUUUGUUAACGAAUAUUUUUUGGGCAGAUGCACACAUGAUGGCAUCAUAUCAUAACUUUGGUGAUGUUGUUUGCGUUGACACAACCUACCGAAAAAAUCAUGAUUGCCGGCCUUUUGUUAUGUUCGUUGGGGUAAAUCAUCAUAAACAAACCACUAUAUUCAGGGCUGCAUUGUUAUACGAUGAAACUACUGCAACCUUUAUGUGGUUAUUUGAUACUUUUGUAGCAGCAAUGUCAGGGAAAAAACCAAAAACUAUUCUUACUGAUCAAGAUGCAGCAAUGGCAAAGGCAUUAAGAUCCCAAUGGCCAGAGACUUAUCAUCGCUUAUGCAUUUGGCAUAUGUAUCAAAAUGCAGCAAAACACCUGAGUAGUGUUUUUGAAAGAUUUCGUGAAUUUGCUACGGAUUUUGGAAAUUGCAUAUAUGAAUAUGAUGAAGAAUGUGAAUUCAUUGAGGCUUGGGGGAACAUGCUUGGGAAAUAUAAUCUUGAAAAUAAUGAUUGGUUGGCAAAACAAUUCGAGUUGAAGGAGAAGUGGGCACUUGUAUAUGGAAGAGAGACUUUUUGUGCAAAUAUGACUACUACUCAACGAAGUGAAAGCAUGAAUAAUGUACUUAAAAAGUAUGUUAGCUAUCAACACACUUUGUUGCGUUUUUUCAAACAUUUUGAGAGGUUAAUUGAUGAUCUUCGUUAUGAAGAGUUAAAAGCAGAUUUUAGAGUAAGUCAACGCAAUUUAGCACCAUCUCUCCCAAUUGAAAUUUUGAAUCAUGCAGCAUAUGUGUAUACCCCUGCAGUGUUGAGAAUGUUUGAGGUUGAGUUUUCAAAGGCUUAUAACUGUGCUAUGGAAUUUUUUACUGAGCUAGGAGCAGUGGCAGAGUAUAAGCGUACUCCUAAUAGAUGGACAAAGCAUGCGAAGAUUGGAGCUACAGGUAGUACAUCUGAGAUUAAACAGGGAGAUGAUCCUAAAGCAUGUUUGGCAAUGCGUUAUCAAGAUUUGUCGAGAUCUUACACUCAUAUUGUAACAAGAGCAUCAGAAACUGAAAAAGCCUAUAAAGUUGCUAGAAAUGGCUUUAAAAGACUUUGGGAUGAUGUUGAUGCAUGUUUGAGAGAAGAAAGAAUUGAAAGUAAAGAGGAGAGUCAUACUACUUUUGGAAUUGAUACAACAGUAAAAGGUAUAAAAACAAAAAAUAAGAGAAUUUGUGGUAGCUCUUCUCGUCCAAAGAAUUCUCUUGAGAAGAUGUGUAAGAAAACCAAAGUUACCAAAAAAAAAUCGUCUACGAAACAGGUAUCACCAAACUUUAACAAUAACGAUAAAGUCAAUAACUAUAUGCUACAUUCUCAACCAGAUUUGUCAUUCUCUACAACUUCAUUUAAUCUUAACCAUAUUGGUAUGACACCUAAAAAUUCAAGUAUAGGAACAAGCAUGUCUGAAUUGCUCUUACAGGCUGAGUCUACAUCUUUUGGAUUUGAAGGUAGCCAAUUUUUCAAGAAUAUAUAA